GUAACGGAUGGGUUGGAUGGCGUAAAGAAUCUUUCUCAAAGGGAUUUGUGGAACUAGUAUUUGAAUUUAGCGAAGUAAGAAAUUUUUCAGCUGUACACAUCUUCACCAACAAUUUUUUCAGCAAAAAUGUACAGGUUUUUUCAAAAGCGAGGGUACAGUUCAGCGUGGGAGGAGUACACUAUCACGGACGAUCGGUUUGGUAUACAUACAUGCCGGAUACUGUGUUAGAAAAUGCCAGAGAUGUUGACAUACAGUUACAUAAUCACGUUGGCAAGUACGUGAAAAUCCAACUUUACUUCUACAGCAAAUGGAUAAUGAUCAGCGAAGUGAAGUUUGAUUCCGACGCGAGGAGCACGAUUUCCGCAAAGGAGUUUUGUCGCAGCGAUUCGGAACGCGGAUCUUUAAGCAGUCUGGAGGUCGACGUCCGGGCUGCCGAAUAUUCAACUAGAGACAGCGUCACUUCGUUACACUACCGAAGCCUGCAGAGCCAACCUCCACCGCCACCGGUGCCCAUUCAGAUUGACACCCCGGUUCGGCCCAAACACCUCCAGUGCAACACCACCGACAUACAGCCUACCAGAAAAAGGUUUCACACGGCACCCCGCGAAAAGCAUAGAAUGGCUCCCCCUUCGGUGUCAUGGAACAUUAGUCCCAGCAUGGGCCAAGUAUACAAAUGCAGGGAAGCGGACAUUGUACAGAUACCGCGGUACUGUUUGAACGUGGUUAGCAAGCUGGGUAGUUCACACCUUGGAGAGGUGGCUGUAUGUGAGACGACAAUAGACGUUCGCUUGACGGAUAACGGUCGCGUGGCGGCAAAGACUUGCAAUUCCGACUCUACCAGGGAAGUCAAGUUCCUGUGCAGCCUACUCGAUCCAAAUUUAGUGCGCGUAUUUGGCGUGUGCACAAACGAAUCACCACCGUGGUUGAUCACCGAAUACCCGGCCGAACUUGGAGACUUAGUCAUAGUGUUGAGGACGCACUCUGCGCUCACGUUUCUGUUGAAUUCAAAAGUGCUAUUACCCAAACCUAAUCUGUGCCCCACCGAGAUUUACGAGCUCAUGUGUCAAUGUUGGAAGCGCGAUCAAAAUCUAAGGCCUACAUUCAAACAACUUUACCAUUUUCUGAAACGCAAUCACACAACGUACUCGUGCGAGAUUGACAAGCAACUGCACAACAUUUCACCGAUAUAAUAAAUUUUAUUAUUAGAUUAUAAUGUAAAUCAUAAUGAUGUAUUAUUUAUUAUUAUUUAUAUUAUUACUAUUAUUGUUUGUAAUCAUUUGUAAUAUUUGUAUAGGAAUUAUUAGCGUAUUGAAAUUUGCAUGUGUAUUAUGUAUAUACGUGUAUACAUACACGUGUAUAUAUAUAUUAUGUGUGAUUAAUGUACAUUUUCUUGUUGAACCUAUUUUCUUUACCCGCUCUGUUCAAAAAAAUUCUCUCGAUCUGUAGUAUUCAACGACGUAUUAUGAUACCUACAUAGGUUAACCGUAUAUAAAGUGAGAACAGGGUUUUGCUUCGUCUACUACUUUGUGAUAAAAACUUUUUUGAAAAAUCACAUUUUUUUCUAACUCCACAACCGGCUGAGACCGCCGGACAAACGCUUCGYGACAAUUUAUUUCCAUAAACUAUUUCAUAUCGUGUAUUUUUCUAAUUCGUGUAUACUUUUAUACAAAUAAAUAUAUAUACCUAUAUUAUGUAAUUAAUAUUUAUAUUAUGUUGUAUAAUCGAAAAUGUUGUUAGCUAGACAAUCAAUGCGGUAGGGUAUACUCGUAUAAUAUAUUAUAUGAUAUAUAUUAUGUUAUGUUGGAGUGGAUUGUAAUUUCGAUGUCAUAUUUGUAAAAUAUUAUAUUAAAAACGUUUUAUUAUAAUAGGCCUAAUUACUUCGAUAGGGUCUAAUUAUUUAGGCUUAAUAUUAAUUAUGUAACAAUAAAUUGUAUUAUAUAGUAAUUAUUAGUAUUAUAAUAUAUUACCUAUACAUAGUAUGUUAAUACAUAAGAUCUGCU